CUCCCACGCAAAGCAAGCUUCCUGGCGCAAAUUUCGAAUACCGACGGCGCUGCACCACCAAGACGCUUGUUCGGGCACGUCUGGCGAGAUAGGAUUCAAACAAGCUCAGAGAAGCCCCGACACCGCCCACAUCAGACGACGCACUGCCCCAAUGGCCUCGUUCUAGCUGGCUUCGCGGAAUCGAUGCGUGCGUAGUCGCAGUUGCGAGGUAUACCUCCACCAAUUCGGUCAUUUCACCUUCUAAGCGUCCAACGACGUUAUUGGAACUGCCCGCAUCGCCUGUGACUGAUGCACAGCAAGUGGGAGUGACAGGCAGAGUACCUUCUAUCUUCAUUCUCCAUCCAUCCAUUACCUCCUGUGAACGUAGCCAACUGCCAAGGUUCGUUGAGCGGAACCGUCGCGUCUGGAUAUUAUCCGGAACAAUGCACUGAACAGGUUGAGGCUGCCUUUCGGCGACGCUAUAAAUACACCAUGUCGACGGCGUUCAACUGGGCCGACCCUCGACGCAACUCGGCCGUGUCAAUGAAGAUGAUGGAAAAGGCCGAGGCGGCGCGGAAACAGCGGCUGACCAAAGUCAAACCGAGUGUGUCGACGCACUUGAAUCCCGCGGUGGAGAAAAAGCUCCCGAAAAAGCAACCGGAGAAGCAUUCCACGGGGAUAUACAUGGAGGCGCUCGAAAUGGCGUCCGCGAACGAGAGUUUCUACAAGUCGCUCUUGAAAUUCCACUCGAACCAAGAAUCGCCAUCGUCUCCGCCCAGCGCUGCUCAGUCGUCGUUGCACAGCCCAUUUUCCGUACACAAUGUCGUGGCCACCGACAGCUUUUUCCACCCGGAGUCUGAAAUCGAGGCGUUCCAAGGGCUUAAGAAGGGCGACGCGAACCCGCCGCACUCCCACUCACGGCCAUUCAAAGCCGAUAAAGCAAACGAAGCCUUCCAGCCGCCUCCCAGUCGAAGCGUGAAAAGUCGCGCAGAUAAACUCCCUGCCCUUAAGUCCACCGUCACCAGACGAGACGUACACAUGACUUCGACCCGCAGCAACCCGGACCUCGCAUUGUACGCAGACCCGCGACGCCGCGACGACGUCCUCGACUUGUUUGAGUCGGACGACGCCAACCAAGCAAUCCAUCGGUCCGACUCAGCGCCAUCGGCUUCCUCUACCAUCCACAAGCCCGAAGAGGACAUAUCGUCCAUGCCCACCACGAGUUUGCACAGCUCCAAUGAUGGUGGUGCCGUCGGCGCAGUGGUUCCACGACUGAAUUUGAAUCCCAUGUCACGAGAAAGCAAGACGUCGCUGCAUCCACAAGCCAAAAAAUCGUCACGCCAACUGACCGAUGACGGUCACGACAACAAGGAGCGGAAACGAGGCCAUAAAUCUGCUGCCAAAUCUGGGAAGAAGGACAGCGGCCGAAGUCGCAUGACCUCCGGGACGUCACUGGCGGACUUGAGAGAUGAACACAAAGCCGCCCUGGAACUGCUGCAGGAGCUCGGCGGAGCGUACCCCGACGAACCCAAACCAUUGAGCUCUCGAUUCGGAUCGAAGCUACGGUCGACGGUGCUGGAUGGGCGGGAGAGCAACAACAACCCAGCGACAACACUUGUGAACGCUGCACUGAAAGCAACCGACGCAGCACGCACGACUGGCGACGGGGAACGCGGCGACGAAGUCCCUGAAGCGGAAGACUCUCCAGACAAGGGCUCUGCUACAUCCGCGCGAACAUCGCGCCGAUCCGAACAAUCUUACGACAGCGAAGACUUUGAGACAGACUGACACGUCAAAGCAGCUAGGAUGCAGGCAUCAUGCCGCCACUUUGCUCAUGUACUUAUGGCGUCAACCAACAGCUUUCGACCGACCUUGGCUACACGAGCUUUUAUGUCCAGGGAAGUCUAGCGCAUCCAUGAGGAGUCAAUAUUGUCGAGAGAGGCGCUUGACGACAUACAUCAUGA